AUGACGAAUGAAUUUAAUGAACAUAUUGAAAAAUUUAUUAAUUCAUUGAAUGAAAAAUCACUAGAAAUUUAUUAUCAAGGAUUUGAUUUUUCAAAUGUAAGUGAUAGUCGAACACAAUUAACAAAAUUGAAUUAUGAUAAAAGCAAAGUAUCAUUUCUUAAUCUUGAAAUGAUUGCAGAUAUGUUUCAAGUAUUUACUGCUGUUCACAGUGCUGUUGAACAGAAUUCAUCAAGAGAUUUUUCUGUUGAAGCACCAUAUCGAUUGUCAAAUACAAAAUCGGUACGAAUUUAA